ACUAUAGUACACCAUCCAGAGGACCUGGAGGACGAGCUCAACCCCUCUUCCCUUAAAGUAUAGCCUACGCAUUCCGGCAGACUGAUGUAAAUGCGCAUUCGAGUUUGUCCUUCUAUCAGCUGUCCGAAAUGAAACUCGGGUGCUUUGCAAGGAUGCUGCAUCUGUUUAAUUAUUCAUAACUCUAAUGUUUGUUUUGGAUGGGAAUUGUCGGUAUAUUCUCAUUGACCGUUAUGACUGUGCUGUGUAGCGGUUUUCUGAAAGAGAAGAGCAUCCUCACCGACUCCGGUCAGCGGGAUAAGGCGUGUACCGUCCUGAGCAUCUUUUCUCUCAAAUGGACUGUAAAGCAGGGCCCACUCCUGUUGCUUGAUGCUAUGUGUACGUACGAUGUAUCUGUCCAAAGGCAGGAAUUUGAUAUUUUUAUAAGGAUCGACGCUGCCAGUCCCUCGAGUAGGCUAGUCUCGUUUGAUCAACUCAACACGUCAUAAAAGCUCUUGUUAUGGCUGCGAAGUCCUUAGAGCCAGGGUCAGUGUCCAUUCCAAUGGAGGAGACCAAGCAUGCGGGAGGGACCCCACAAGAUGGUGCCUUGCUGACUCACUUAAAGAAGGUGGAGAACCAUAUCACAGAGGCACAGCGAUUUUCUCACCUGCCUCAACGUUCAGCAGUGGACUUGGAGUUUACAGAGCUUUCCUACACCAUCCGCGAGGGCCCCUGCUGGAGAAGGAGAGGAUAUAAGGCCCUUCUGAAGUGUCUGUCCGGAAAGUUCUGCAGUCGGGAGCUUAUCGGAAUCAUGGGUCCCUCAGGGGCUGGAAAGUCCACUCUCAUGAACAUUCUUGCCGGCUACAGACAGACAGGCAUGAAAGGUCAGAUCCUGGUAAACGGGCGGCCCCGUGACCUCCGCACUUUCAGGAAAAUGUCGUGUUACAUCAUGCAGGAUGACAUGCUACUGCCAAACCUCACAACACGAGAAGCUAUGAUGGUCUCAGCUAACCUCAAACUUAGUGAAAAUAUGGAAGUGAAAAAAGAACUGGUGAAUGAGAUUCUCACCGCAUUAGGACUGCAGGAGUGUGCCCAAACUCGUACUGUCUCUCUAUCAGGUGGCCAGUGUAAGCGGUUGGCUAUCGCUUUGGAGCUGGUCAACAACCCUCCUGUCAUGUUCUUUGAUGAACCAACCAGUGGUCUAGACAGUGCAUCCUGUUUCCAAGUGGUGUCCUUGAUGAGAUCUCUGGCUCAGGGAGGAAGAACCAUCAUCUGUACCAUCCACCAGCCCAGUGCUAAACUCUUUGAAAUGUUUGACAAGCUUUAUAUCCUGAGUCAAGGUCAGUGCAUAUAUAAGGGGACAGUUCCUAACCUUAUCCCCUACUUGAAGAACCUUGGACUCCACUGCCCCACAUACCACAAUCCUGCAGACUUUAUAAUUGAGGUCGCCUCAGGGGAGUAUGGUGAUCUGAACCAUGUACUCUUCGAGGCUGUCCAAGGAGGACUGUGCUCAGAUGAAGUCAAGAAGAACGCUAUUGACAAGAAUGACCCCACAACAUCCUGUCCCUCCCCAUGUCAUAAUGAUUCAGGCCAUAUUGAGAAACACACCUUUGCCACCAGUACCCUCACACAGUUCUGCAUUCUUUUCAAGCGAACCUUCAUCACUAUAUGCAGGGACAUGGUAUUAACUCACUUGAGGGUGAUGUCACACCUGUGUAUUGGUGUGCUGAUUGGUUUGUUGUACCUGAACAUUGGAAAUGAUGCCAGUAAAGUGUUCAACAACACUGGUUUCCUCUUCUUCUCCAUGCUGUUUCUCAUGUUUGCUGCACUCAUGCCAACCGUCCUGACAUUUCCACUGGAGAUGCCCGUGCUCAUAAGAGAACAUCUUAAUUACUGGUACAGUCUGAAGGCAUAUUACCUUGCUAAGACCAUGGCUGACAUUCCAUUCCAGAUAAUUUGUCCAAUAAUGUACUGCAGUAUAGUAUACUGGAUGACAAAGCAACCUCCAGAGGCAGGUAGAUAUCUGCUGUUUAUGGCACUGUCCACCUCCACUGCCCUAGUGGCUCAGUCUCUGGGGCUUCUUAUUGGAGCUGCAUCCACAUCACUGCAGGUUGCCACAUUUGUAGGUCCAGUGUCUGCCAUCCCAGUCCUUCUGUUCUCUGGCUUUUUCGUCAACUUUGACACCAUUCCCAAAUACCUUCAGUGGAGCUCCUAUGUGUCAUAUGUCAGGUAUGGCUUUGAGGGGGUGAUCCUCUCCAUCUACGGCAUGAACCGCUCAGAGCUGGAGUGUCCCGGUGUGGUGUGUAAGUUCCAGAAGCCGGAGGAGGUCUUACAGCUGCUGGAUGUGGAAGAUGCAAAGCUCUAUGUGGACUUCAUGGUGUUGGGGGUCUUCUUCUUAAUUCUGAGACUCUCCACUUACUUAGUUCUGCGCUAUAAAGUCAAGUCAGAGCGUUAGAGCUAGCGCUCAUCAUUAAGCAUACAUAUAAUUUAACAUACACAUAGACUGCACACUUACACAUGUUUGUUUUUUCAUCUUGGUGGGGAUGUUCCAUUGACUUCUAUUGUUUUUCUAUGCGCUUAUAAACCCAACCCUAACAGAAACCAUUUUUAGAUAUUAUGUUUUAAUUUAAAUUAUUUAAUUAAAACAUUAGUAUGUUUAUUAAACCAUUUUAAUAACACAGAAAACAGUGCACAUUGGUCCAUGUAAUGCUUUACAGUUCAUUUUCAGACCAUACCAAUCAAAAUGCAAAAUUAGAAAAACUGUUUGAAACUUUCAUUUUUUCCGGUUAUUUCAAGAAUGGAUAAAUAUCAUUUUCUUCCAUUUUAUUACUUCUAAAUUGCAACUUUAUAAACGAAUUAAUUGAAUCAUCACCAAUUUUAAAUUUUUCAAAUUUAAAUUUUUUUUGUCUUGCAAUUUGCGCGGGGUGUGGGUUCAUAAAUCAAUUAUUCCAAAAUUAAUUUCUGAAAUCACAAUUAAGAGAAACUGAAAUGGAAGAAAAUGAGAGAACAGCUAAAUUAUCCAUUCUUAUAGUAACCAGAACAUUUUAAAAUGAAAGUUUCAAAACAUUUUUUCUAUUUUUGCAUUUGGAUUGGUAAGGUCUGAAAAAUUAACUGUAAAGAGUUACACAAACCCACAUUGAUUCCGGGGCCAUUAUUUGGCAGUGCAACAUUAUUCUUAGUUUUUGUUUCUUGAAUUUUUAAUUUUAAACUUAAAGGAUUUUGUACUGUAAUUUUUGAAUGUAUAAUUCCAUGCAGUUGAACGUUGUAAAUGCAUUGUACCCUGAUGUGACUUUGAACUUUGAAGCAUGAGUCUCUGUCAACAGGACUGGAUGUAAUAACAAUGACAAUCCCAUGACAGCCCUCUUUAGCAUGUGGAUCGGCAAUGAGCCAACAUGUAAGUCUCUUUAUACCAGAUUGAGAGAUAGUCAUAUUGUCUUCUUGUUAAUGACUUUCAUUCAGACCGAGGCUAAAGAACCUUAUGUAUUUCGGAAGAGAGUGCACCGCUUGCUUGGGGCACCUUAGGACAUGCAAGAGCAGAAAACAGAACCAUGCUGAAAUGGCCAGCAAUUUCAAUCAAGUUCAAAUCCAUUAUUUCUAUCAAUUUGCCAGUCUUCCCACCAAUACUCUGAGUUUCUGCAGGAGUGUUUAGAAUAAUAUACUACCGUUCCUGUGAUGACCUGCUCAAAGAAAACUUUGAAGAACAUUUUUACAGUCUCAAGGCAAUUCUCAAGACUCCACGUCAGCCUAAAUCUAACCAUUUGUGGAAUGUUGCAGCAAGUGCCCUUGAUGUGAACUGCCUGCAAUUUUUACUGAGGGGGAACUUAAACAUCUUGUUGACAAACAUUUUGGCUGCCAGUAUCAAAUCCGUCUGUCCUCUUACCUUGAAUUUUCUGACAACUGCCACUGUGGUCGCUUAAGAGAGCAGUUUGUGUUGGGCUCUCUCAGCUGGAUCAGGAGGGAUCAUACCUUGAACUUGUACAGUAAAAUAGCUCCCUAGAGUGACUAAAAAGGCGAGGACUUCAAUGUGAAUUGGUGCUGAUCACAAAGCACCAUUGACCUAAUUAUAUUUACCCAGGAAUGAAACAUAUCAAAUGAAAAGAAUCUGCAAUCAUAAUGUCUGACAUUAAGACUGUCCUACAACAGCAGAAGCUGGUUAUAUCCUUAAGUGAACAUCAAUACUGUCAAAAUAAGACUCGCAAGCCUACUUUCUGCUUUUUUGGGUCUGUUCCCUUUACACUUCAACUGCACUGCUGACGAUUUCAGGACUCAACAUUUGCAGUUAUCAGCACUGUCAAAUGUGUGAUGCACCUGGCCUGAGAUGUGUGUCCUGAAAAACAUGGAAUGCUGGAUGAACAGUAUAUGCAUCUUCAGUUGUGUUGUGUACUGCUUAGAAGCAUGGAUGGAUAAAUCUAUACCUCUUGUUUGCACCUCUAUAUAUACACUUCCUCCUUUCCCUGCUUCUACUCCCUAGACAGGCUACUCAAAACUGCAAUGCAAUGCAAACAUCUUCACAAAUGACUUAAUGUUUUUGAGUCCUGCUACGUGUUAUGUCUCCUUAUAUAUUGAAGAAUACUAAUAACUUGAGUAUAUACACAAGGAAAGUACAUGUGUCUGCUUUAUGUGAAAGUGUAAAUAAACGUGUGCACUUUUGUUGAUGUUGUUUCACUUUUUGGAUAUUUAUUUGUAAUUAAUUUUAUUUUUAUAUCUGUUAAGAUGACACGCACUGCUGGAAAAGGGAUUAUUAUGAAAAAGAUAAAUGCACAAUGAAUUUGGAAUCAAAAACCAAGAUGCUGCAAGGAAUUUAUGUUGCACAUGUAUUGUAAAAGGACUCAUAGCUGAUUUGAAAUAAUCUGUAGAGGGUUAAUUUUUUUGGACAUUUUUGUUUUGUUUUAGAAACAUAAUUAUUGGGCUCCAAGUUGACUCCACUAUAACUCCAUUUGAGUAAUAAAAGGUGAUUUCGAGAUUUUGAGAGAGGUAGUUUGCCCUCAGAACAGAGCGUUCUCAUUACAGUCAGUGGAACUUAAAGAGACUCUUAAUCAUGGUACUGCAAGGUAUGAUUGCUCUUUUUCUAGAACAAUCUGUCCACUGUAACAUUGCACACAGCUUUAAAUAUGAUCUUUUGAUCAUCCAGCAAUCAAAGAAUCACUGCUUUAAAAUCAGAUUUGCUUUAUUGCCAUAUGGUAUACCCAGGGAAACCUAGGUCAGCUAAGAUCCUAGGUGGGCACCCUUGACCGUAGAUGCUUGUGGAGCACAGAAUCCAUUUUCAAAAGUGCUGCAUCAGAACUGGGGUCAAUGAAAUUGUGGAUAAACUAUUAGCCGCACAACAAUUCUGUACUCAAUAUUGUGUGAUACUAACCAAUCUGCAGCCUGUUAGAUAAGCGUGUUUUGUGUUCUAUUUCCUUUGGUGUCAUUGGACGGUGUUAGGAAUGUGGUUUCUAAACACAAACGUGACAGAAUGUGCAGAUAAAAUCUCCAGUGUAGAGAGUUGGGUAAUACCUGUUUCUAAUAGCAAUAGUAUUGUUCUGUGCCUUGUGAAUGAUAAGUAGUCCUUGAAUAUACUAUAUAUUUCCAGUGGUUGUCUGUUAAUUCUCCAUUGUAACAAUCAUUUUGGGUGUCUGCGCCAUUUAUAUGUGUUUUAUGGGUUGCUGUACUAGAAGGUUGAGAUCAUAAGGAUGAGAUUAUAUUUCACACCCUCAUAUUUAGCAGUCAUAUUUUAUUAACAAUUAUUCCAGCAAUUUAUCUCUAUGUAACAUCACAUUCUUUGUUAUGCAGUGUGCAUGCCUUAAUGAACAAAAAGCCUUCAACAUCAGCUCUCUCAGAUUAGAAAAAAGCAGUUAAGGUGCAAAUUGAUUUUUAAAUAUUGAAAAGGAAUUUGGCUUUAUUGCAGAUAUAUUGCAGUUAGCUUCCCAGUUUUUCUGCAUAAAAAU